GGUGGAUUUUUCCUUUGAUGAAUAUGAAGUGUCCUUCCUUAUAUUUUUGAUGACUUUUAGUUGAAAAUCGAUUUUAUUCGAUAUUAGAAUGGCUACUCCGGCUUGCUUCUUCAGACCAUUUGCUUGGAAAGUUGUUUUUGAGCCUUUCACUCUGAGGUAGUGUCUGUCUUUGUCUCUGAGGUAUGUUUCCUGUAUGCUGCAGAAUGCAGAGUCCUCGUUGCUUAUCCAGUUUGUUAAUCUAUAUCUUUUUAUUGGAGAGUUGAACCAUUGAUGUUGAGAGAUAUUAAGGAAUAGUGGUUAUUGCUUCCUGUUAUAUUCAUAUUUGGAUGUGAGAUUAUGUUUGUGUGCUUUUCCUCUCUUUGCUUUGUUGCCAAGACAAUUAGUUUCUUGUUGUUCCUAGGGUGUAGCUUGCCUCCUUAUGUUGGGUUUUACCAUUUAUUAUUCUUUGUAGCACUGGAUUUGUAGAAAGAUAUUGUGUAAAUUUGGUUUUGUUAUAGAAUAUCUUGUUUUCUCCAUCUAUGUUAAUUGAGAGAUUUGCAGGAUACAGUAACUUGGGCUGGCAUUUUGUUCUCUUAGGUUCUGUCUGACAUCUUUCCAGGAUCUUCUGGCUUUCAUAGUCUCUGGCGAGAAGUCUGGUGUGAAUCUGAUAGGUCUGCCAUUAUAUGUUACUUGACCUUUUUCCCUUACUGCUUUUAAUAUUCUUUCUUUAUUUUGUGCAUUUGGUGUUUUGACUAUUAUGUGACGGGAAGAGUUUCUUUUCUGGUCCAAUCUAUUUGGAGUUCUGUUUCUUUGAAUUUGAGUUCUGUUUGGCUUCUUGAAUGUUUAUGGUCAUCUCUUUCUUUAGGUUAGGAAAGUUUUCUUCUAUGAUUUUGUUGAAGAUAUUUACUGGUCCUUUGAGCUGGGAGUCUUCACUCCCUUCUAUACCUAUUAUCCUUAGGUUUGAUCUUCUCAUUGAGUCCUGGAUUUCCUGUAUGUUUUAGACCAGUAGCUUUUUCCAUUUUCCAUUAUCUUUGACAGUUGUGUCGAUGAUUUCCAUGGAAUCUUCUGCUCCUGAGAUUCUCUCUUCUAUCUCUUGUAUUCUGUUGGUGAUGCUUGUAUCUAUGGCUCUUUGUUUCUUCCUUUGGUUUUCUAUAUCUUGGGUUGUUUCCCUGUGUUCUUUCUUUAUUGCUUUUAUUUCCAUUUUUAAUUCCUUCACCUGUUUGAUUGUGUUUUCCUGGAAUUCUUUCAGGGAUUUUUGUGAUUCCUCUCUAUAGGCUUCUACUUGUUUAUUUAUGUUUUCCUGUGUUUCUCUAAGGGAGUUCUUCAUGUCUUUCUUGGAUUCCUUUCUUGCCGUGUUUUUGGAUAUUCAGUGUUUUCUUUGGUGGGAGAAUUGGGCCCCGAUGAUGCCAUGUAGUCUUGGUUUCUGUUGCUUGGGUUCCUGCGCUUUCUUCUCGCCAUCAGGUUGUCUCUGAUGUUACCUUGUUCUGCUAUUUCUGACAGUGGCUAUACCGUCCUAUAGGCCUGUGUGUCAGGAGUGCUAUAGACCUGUUUUCCUGUUUUCUUUCAGCCAUAUGAACAGAGUGUUCUGCUUUCGGGCCUGUAGUCUUUCCUCUUUACUGGUCUUCAGCUGUUCCUGUGGGCCUGAGUCUACCAGGCAGGUCGCUUGGAGCAGCAAAGUUGGUCUUACCUGUGGUCCCGCGGCUCAAGUUUGCUCAUGGGGUGUUGCUUUUGAGCUCUCCGUGAGGGCAGCAACUAGGAGCUCCCGUGCACUGGGGUCCCAGUUGGCAUUAGGUGUUUUCCUCUGGAGUCAGAAAUGUGGGCAGAGUGUAGUCUAUUCUGGCUUCUCCGAGUAUUUUUGAGUCCGAUAUUCAUAAGGGAAAUUGCUCUGAAGUCCUCUUUCUUUGUUGGGUCUUUGUAUGAUUUAGAUAUAAAGCAUAAUUGUGGCUUCAUAGGACAAAUUGGGUAGUGCUCUGACUGUUUCUAAUUUGUAGAAUAAUUUGACAGUAUUGGUAUUAGGUCUUCAGUGAAGGUCUAGAAUUCUGCACUAAACCCAUCUGGUCCUGGGAUUUUCUUGUUUGGGAGACUUUUAAUAACUGCUUCUAUUUCUUUAGGAGUUAUGGGGUUCUUUAGAUAGCGUAUCUGUUCCUCAUUUAACUUUGGUACCUGAUAUCUAUCUAGAAAAUUGUCUAUUUCAUCCAGAUUUUCCAGUUUUGUUGAAUAUAGGCUUUUGUAGUAGGAUCUGAUAUUUUUUUUAAUUUCCUCAGAUUCUGUUUUUAUGUCUGCCUUUUCAUUUCUGAUUUUGUUAAUUUGGAUACACUCUCUGUGUCCUCUGGUUAUUCUGGCUAAAAGUUUAUCUUGUUGAUUUUCUCAAAGAACCAGCUCCUGGUUUUGUUUAUUCUUUGUAUAGUUCUUUUACUUUCUACUUGGUUGAUUUCAGCCCUGAGUUUGAUCAUUUCCUGCCUUCUACUCCUCUUGGGUGUAGUUGCUUCUUUUUGUUCUAGAACUUUUAGGUGUAUUGUCAAGCUGCUAAUGUAUGCUCUCUCCUGUUUCUCUUUGGAGGUACUUAGAGGUAUCAUUUGAAUAGAGCAUUUGUCAGCAAUUUAUGGAGCUUGAAAUAUCAUCCUGAGUGAAGUAACCCAAUCACAAAAGAACACACCUGGAAUGCCAGAAUCACCUCCGCAGAUAUGGAAAUGUGAAUCUGGAACUGGUGACUCGAAUCAUUAAAGAUGGUGGUCCAUGGGAAGAUCCAGUGUUGCAAGCUGUUCUUAAAGCACAACCAGCAUCUCAGGAGAUAGUGAACAAAUACUUAAGUUCUGAAAAUCCACUGUUCUUUGAACUACGUGCCAGAUAUCUAAUUGCCUGUGAACGCAUACCUGAAGCAAUGGCUCUUAUUAAAUCUUGUAUAAAUCACCCUGAAAUCAGUAAAGACUUGUACUUCCAUCAAGCGCUCUUCACCUGUCUGUUUAUGUCACCUGUAGAAGAUCAGCUAUUCCGGGAGCAUUUGUUGAAAACUGACUGUAAGAGUGGAAUUGAUAUCAUCUGUAACACUGAGAAAGAAGGCAAGACUUUGCUAGCCUUACAACUCUGUGAAUCCUUUCUUAUUCCACAGCUCCAGAAUGGGGACAUGUACUAUAUAUGGGAGUUGAUUUUCAUAUGGAGUAAACUACAGCUUAAAUCUAAUCCUUCAAAACAAGUGUUUGUAGAUCAAUGUUACCAACUUUUAAGAACAGCAACUAAUGUGAGAGUCAUAUUUCCUUUCAUGAAAAUCAUUAAAGAUGAGGUUGAAGAAGAAGGCUUACAGAUUUGCGUUGAGAUAUGUGGUUGUGCUCUCCAGCUUGAUCUCCAUGAUGAUCCUGAAACUAAAUGUCUAAUUUAUAAAACAAUUGCACAUUUUUUGCCAAAUGAUCUAGAGAUUGUCAGGGUUUGUGCUCUCUCAGUAUUUUUUCUUGAGCGUUCCUUAGAUGCCUACCAAACCGUUGAAGAGCUUUACAGACGUCCAGAUGAAGAGUAUAGUGAAGGCACGAGUACUGUUCAAAAUCGUGUUCGUUUUGAAUUACUUCCAAUUUUGAAAAAGGGAUUGUUUUUUGACCCUGAGUUUUGGAACUUCGUAAUGAUUAAGAAAAACUGUGUGGCAUUAUUACGUGAUAAAUCAGCAAUGAAACUUAUAAAUGAAAAUACACUGGAAAAUUCUGCAGGUAGUCUAAAAAACAGAGUGGAACAACAGAGUGUGGAAGACGGGCUUGACACACUCACAGAUCUGAGCACUGGAGAGACGGAUCCUGAUGGUACAUCUGUGAUGCAGCGGAAAGGGCAGGUUAACUCGAAGAGAAGCCUCUCUGUUCUUAACACUUCCAAAGUGGAUCAUAGUGUCCCCAGGCAUCGGUGCAUGUUAUGUAACAAGGAAUUUCUUGGUGGCCAUAUUGUAAGGCAUGCCCAGGCUCAUCAGAAAAAAGGCAGUUUUUCAUGUGUGAUAUGUGGUAGGAAAUUUAGGAACAGAGGUCUUAUGCAGAAGCAUUUAAAAAAUCAUGUUAAGAAGAUUCAGAGGCAGCAAAUUGCUACAGCACAACAGGAUGAUCCAGAAAUCAUCACUUUGGAAGAAAUAAAUGGUUCCAAAUCUUCAAUUUCCUUUGAAAAUGGGAAUUCAAAUACUAAGAGCUUAGAAAUAGAGACAUUGACUGCUUCCAGUGAGAGAAACAAAGAGGUCACCCGUGAACACAUGGCUGAGUUCAUUAAAAUUCCUAUUGCUAUGCCAGAGAAUGCUAUGGAAAACAUUGUUGAAAAUGGUAGACCAGAUACUUCUUUCAAUAAUAUCUCAGAGUCUUUAUCUCAGUGUGAUGAUGACUAUGAGGAGGAAGAGAAUGAAGAUAAUUAUGAAGAUGAUUAUGAUCUGAAUCAAGAAACAUCAGUACUUCAUAAAAUCAAUGGAACUGUGUGCCAUCCAAAAGAUGUAUAUGCUACAGACCAAGAAGGAAACUUCAAGUGUCCUGCUCUUGGCUGUGUAAGGAUAUUUAAAAGAAUUGGGUUUCUAAAUAUGCAUGCAAGAACUGUGCAUCCAACUGAUUUAAAUGUGCGGCAGACUGUAAUGAAGUGGAGCAAAGGAAAGUGCAAAUUUUGCCAAAGGCAGUUUGAGGAUUCUCAACACUUUAUAGACCACCUUAAUAGACACAGCUAUCCAAAUGUGUACUUUUGUUUGCAUUUCAACUGCAAUGAGUCAUUUAAGCUGCCAUUCCAGCUUGCACAGCAUACAAAAAGUCACAGGAUAUUUCAAGCUCAGUGUAGUUUUCCAGAAUGCCAUGAGCUUUUUGAAGAUCUUCCUCUGUUAUAUGAACACGAAGCCCAGCAUUACUUAAGCAAAACACCAGAAUCAUCUGCACAACUGGGUGAAGUGGUUCCUAAUCAUCAGAACAUAGACCCAUUUAGUAAUGAGAACCAAACGAUUCAUCAGCCAGUUUCUACUAGUAAAUCAAGGAAAGAUUCUACAGAACCAAAGACAUGUAUAGACACUAUGGAAAAGAAAACAGACAGUUUAGUUCAGAAUGGAAAUGAACAUUCUGAUGAUAGUGUUUCAAAUAUAAGCUUGAUAGACCAAAAGAUGCCUGCCAUAGAGCCAAAUCCUGAAAAUAAUCAUAGUCCCACUGACUUAGUCAACGGACACAGUGAAAUAGAGCAAAUGCCAUUAGUUACAUCAGAUGCUACUCUGAAAAUAGACAUAAACAGAAACGGGACAGAAAAUGGUUCUGUUAUACCCAAUGUUAUAUCACAAGAACACAGUGCCCUGUCAGUAUCUCAGGCACCAUCCAAACCAAAUCUUACAAGUGAACAUACUUCAUAUGGCUUAAUUUUAACAAAGCCAUUUGUCAGACCUUUGCCUCCCAGUUACCUUGAUGAACGAUACCUUAGUAUGCCAAAACGCAGAAAAUUUCUGACUGAUAUUGUAGAUGCCUGUUCUGAUCAAGAUAACAUGUAUAAAAAACCAGUAAAAAGAUUACGAUGUGGCAAAUGCCUGACCACCUACUGUAAUGCAGAAGCACUUGAGGCUCACCUUGCACAAAAGAAAUGUCAGACACUCUUUGGAUUUGAUUCAGAUGAUGAAAGUGCCUGAUAAUGUGUCAGAACGAUCUGUUGAUCAUGCAGUAGUGUUAACAAAGCACUACAAGAAAAUGCAUCAUCAAUUUGCUAUUUCCCUGAUGGCCUUAAUUUUAGAGUGGUCUCGGAUUACUAAAGAAAAGACAAAGCACAUUUUCUGGAAUGAACUUGCAGAGGAGAUGUGCCGGCUUAGACUCCAAAAGGGUUAUAAAACUCCCAAAGUACCAGUUAUCCAUGAAACCACACUUUUAAAAAGUUUAUGGUGAUUAAUAGCAGCAUGUUCAGUUUUGCUUUAUGUGAAAACACAUUUGGGUAACUAGUCAGAAAUAAAAAACCAGCUAUGGCCUUACUGAAGAAAGGAAAAAGUUGAUUCAUUCCAAGAUGAGGUGGAGGGGAGCUGGUUUACAAUAAACAAUGUAAAACAUUCUGAAAACGGAAUUUGUUUUCUUGUCAUGCAUAUUCAUUAUGUCUUCCCUUCUGGUCAAACAUAUUUUAAAGAAUCAUUCGUUGCUUUUUAGUUUGUGAUAUAAUUUAGAAGCUGAUACAUAGAAAUAAAGCUUGAUUUAUCAUCAUGCUGUCUGCUAAAGAUUAUAACUUGUUUUAGGUGAUUAAGUAGACAGGUCAAAGUUUAGUGAAUGGCUUGCCACCAUUGAAAUAUUAAAAAUAAAACAAAAACAGUGCUUGGCUAAUAAGCUCUUGAAAAGAACCUUCAACACCCCACUCUGUAACGUCAUUUAUUUAAAGGCAGCAGUGUGAAGUGGAAAAGAAAGGUACCAUCAGCUACUUUAGUGGGGUGCAAGAAGAAUCUAAGACCACUGCCUUCUAGAUAGUUGAAGGAAAACACUGAAUUGAAAAAUCUUCAAUGUGAAUAAUGGUAAAAGCACACUGGGAUAUUUCUAUCUGUACAUAAUAUUAGGACAUUGCUGGAUGAUUCAGAGUGAAGUCCUUUACAUAUUAGUAUGAAUUAUCUAAGUAUGGUCCUAUGAAAAUAAUUGGCUUAAAAGUAUGUCGGCUAAGAAUAAGAUCAAGAGUUUAUUUUAUUCAGUUAGGAGAAUUAAUUCAAAAUUAAGCCAUAUUAAUGUGCUUUCUUUAUUAGUGAUGAAUUUGGCCUGCACGGUGAUUUUUUUUUUAUAUUUAAGGAAGUAUUUACAUCAAAAUUUGCACAACAGGAAUACAAUAACAUAUAUUAAUGCAUUAUUGUCCUUGGUGAUCAUUGAUUUUCUUAAGGAAGAUUUUAUCUUAUUAUUAAAACAAAUAUUUUACACUUAAAAUCCUCUAGAUAUUUCCCACCUGUCUGUUAUGAAAAGGAAAAUACCUGAUAUCUCCUUUACCUAAUAGUAUAUAAUUCUAAACAAGAUAAAGACAUACAAAUAAAAAAGUGAAUUCUUUAGACAUAUUAGUAUGCCACGUGUCAACUAAGUGUUUCAGCUACUCCAGCAUGGUUUUCUGUGAAUCAAUUUCAUCAUACAAAUUUUAGGAACAUUGAGGUUAGGAAAAUAGGACAUUACUUUCAGGGUGGCAUUCAGACUUUUAAAAACUAUGUUUUUCAAUAAUGCUGUAUCAGAGGAUUUAUUUUUUAAAAACAGUUCUGAAUUUUAUUAUUUACCAUGGGCAUUUGCAACUAUGCAAUGAUGGUCACUAGUCCAUUCCAAUCAAAUUGAAGUUUGUUUUAGGUUUGUUAUGUAGCCUACAUUAGGCUUUGGAAUUUACAUGCAGAUAACAGAUAAGUGCAACUCAUGAAUUUUAAAUCCUUUAAUUUCAACUCAAAAUAUUUUCCAUAUUUCCUGACACUAAAAAUGUAAUAAUUGACUUUUAUUUCAGUUCAUAUUAAAAGUGCAUCUUGUAAUAAAAAUCCUGUUUGGAAACUGGUUCAUUUGCACAAUGAAUUUUUUUUGGAACAAAAUUUCUGCUUUGUACACUUUGCAGUUAAUUACAUUUUACUAUUUUUUAACUUUAGUUUUUACAGGUUGUAACCACUGAUAGAUAUAAAUUCAUAAAGCAUUACAUUUUCUUGAAGUUUGUGUGCAAAGAUGUGUUAAACAAAUUCCGCCUGUUACUUUGUCCUUAAGCUUAACUUGAAGGUUUUCUUUUGACUUGUGUUGCUAAGAAAAAGUUUUCCUAUAGAUAAAAUUGGUUCAUAUAUAACCAACCCAAAACGUCAUGUAAAAUUCUGUUUGACCACAUUUUUUCUAACCUCUUUAUAUACUUCUCAUUUUACCUGUUGAAAGAAUUUGUGCAUUAUGAUUUUCUCCAAAGCAUUUUGCUUUUAUGUAAACCCAGAAGUUCUGAUUUGGGAUUCAGAAGGAAAGGAAGCUUCCAUCUUACCUACGUUCUUUCCCAACUCCUCCUUUCCUACUUAUGUUUUGAGGAUACAUGAACCACCUUUCAAAUAUUUGUUUUAAAAUAAAGAAUUAUAUGUGUCAGUAAAGUCACCAAAAGUGCAGAUCUGAAUCCUUGCUGCUCAGACACAGAAGAUGCACAGGAAAGAGUCUCUCCGCGGACAAGGACACUGGUACUUUGGGCUCUAGCCAUAUUCAUUUUUUAAAAACCAUCACCAAUAUAUAACAAAAUAUAAUUUAUAUCAUUGAUCUGUGAUUCUUUUCAAAUCACACUGAACAUUUAGCUGUACUUUCAUGUUUGGUUUAAUAUUGUAUGAAUGAAAAGCCUAAAAGGGAUGAUAGUGUUUAUUUUUUAAUUUAUUUGGUACUGUCAAACACCUUUUCAGAAUGAGCAAAUGCUGCAUUUGCAUUUUGGAAUUGUUUUGUGAAAGAUACUACAGAGAUUCAGCAAGAAGGGAAAUUUGUGCUUCCUUGUUGAACAUUAAAUUAUUUUACUUUGCAUUUUAUAAAAGUACAAAUUAAAACUGAGCCAUUGAACUGCAAUAAAUCAACAAUAGUGUCUCAUUUCAAGAAAUUUUUUGUAUUGUACAUAGAUUUGUUCAAUAAAACAUUGUCCUUGUUGAUAA